CGGGCGCGGGGCAAAUGGCGGCGUCGGUGGCGGCGGCUGCGAACGGGACCGGAGGGAGCACCGGGAUGGAGGUGGAUGCCUCAGCCCCCAGCGUGAUGGCCUCCGGAGUGACCGGGAGCGUGUCCGUCGCUCUUCAUCCCCUGGUCAUUCUCAAUAUCUCAGACCAUUGGAUCCGCAUGCGCUCCCAGGAGGGGCGGCCUAUGCAGGUGAUCGGGGCUCUGAUCGGGAAGCAGGAAGGCCGAAAUAUAGAGGUGAUGAAUUCCUUUGAGCUGCUGUCCCACACCGUGGAAGAGAAGAUUGUCAUUGACAAGGAGUACUAUUACACCAAGGAGGAGCAGUUUAAACAGGUUUUCAAGGACUUGGAGUUUCUGGGUUGGUAUACCACAGGGGGGCCGCCUGACCCCUCGGACAUCCACGUCCAUAAGCAGGUGUGUGAGAUAAUCGAGAGUCCCCUCUUUCUGAAGUUGAACCCUAUGACCAAACAUACAGAUCUUCCAGUCAGCGUGUUUGAGUCUGUCAUCGAUAUAAUCAAUGGAGAGGCCACAAUGCUGUUUGCUGAGCUGACUUACACUCUGGCCACAGAGGAAGCCGAACGUAUUGGCGUUGACCAUGUGGCCCGGAUGACAGCCACAGGCAGUGGCGAGAACUCAACUGUGGCUGAACACCUGAUCGCACAGCACAGUGCCAUCAAGAUGCUCCACAGCCGGGUCAAAGUCAUCUUGGAGUACGUCAAGGCCUCCGAAGCGGGAGAGGUCCCUUUUAACCACGAGAUACUGAGGGAGGCCUAUGCACUCUGUCACUGCCUCCCUGUACUGAGCACAGACAAGUUCAAGACAGACUUCUACGAUCAAUGCAAUGACGUGGGGCUCAUGGCCUACCUGGGCACCAUCACCAAAACAUGUAACACCAUGAACCAGUUUGUGAACAAGUUCAAUGUGCUCUACGAUCGACAAGGCAUCGGCAGGCGCAUGCGGGGGCUCUUCUUCUGAGCGGGCACUGGAAGGAUGCGCCACAGAUGCCACACUACUGUCCGAAAGGGGGAGGAGUGACUCCUUCCAGGAACCUUUGUGUCAUUAAUAAAGGGAGUAGCCCCUUGGCA